CUAAGUCAUCUUGAAAAUGGAGACUUUUAAGUGGUAUUUGGGCUUCUACCAAGGAGCAUGCUGCUGGCAUUUAGGUUUUGUGCAUUAGAGGAAAUAAAACACUAGAAAUCCCUUGGCUUUCAUCUACAGAGAAAUAGCUACACUUUGCUGCUGUGUUUUGGCCGUGUUGGGUUUUGGCACGGUUAUGGUAAUUUAUAAUUUUAUGUCCUGUGGGUUUUCAGUGACUUAGAAUUACUAAGAAGUAGUAGUUUGCCCGGAAGUGGUUGGUGAGAUGGUGUUAGAGUUGGCAGGGAGAUCUUCUCUAGGAGGUGGAGCAUCAGACCCUCUAGUGUGUUGUGGCUUUGACAGUGACAGAUGUCACAGAGGAGGACUGGAGGAAACUGUAGUAGCUGGCUGUGGUGUUGGGAUGUGGUUGAUUGUUCCUUGCUGAUCCUUGCCUUGGAUGAUAGAGGUGUAGACCUUGUAAUUAAGAAGCUCAAGUGCAAGUCUCACUGGGAGAAGUUGAGUAUUUUAUGAUAAUAAUGAUAAUAUGAUUAUGCGUUUGGUCAUUGCUAAAAAACUUCCAAUUUUGAAUCUGUGUUAUAGUGAAGAUUUAUUGAGAUCUCUGUUCAAAUUGCAGCUAUUCACAAACAGCAACUUAGAGGAAAGAAAUCAUUUUAUGUAACUUAAUUUCAAGUGGUGCCAUUGUCACAUUAUUUUUUUUGUUAACUGAAGGCAAUCAAGAUUCUCUAAUAAAUGAGUCAUAAUAGCAUUAAUGCUCUUAUUUAUAUAACUUGAGAUCUUGCAGUCCUAAUCCUGUUGGCCUUUACCUCCAUGACUGUUUUAAUUUUUUAUGGGGAUUUAGUUUCUGUUUUAAACCACUUCAUGAUUACUCAUUUCCACAGUCUGUUGUUUCUCCCCCCUUUAGGGGUAGAAGUAAAACUUUAUUUACAUCUUGCUUCUCAUAAUUUGACAAAGCAAGGAUCAGUGAAUAUGGCUGGCUUCAGCAUGUAGGUCUGUGCUCUAAGAAGCACUAUACCCAGACCCUACUGUGUGUGGAAAACUUGGCUAAACUCCUAAAGGAAGUUUCGGUAACUGGAGAGAAAUGGUUUUACUUGAGAAUUGUACACCUGCAUGGAAAUACCAAAAUUUCCUGCUACUUUGUAUCUUUCAAUGAUACAUUUGAUCAAUCACUUUUGAUAGUAGAGUUGCAUGGUAAGGAAUAAUUCCAACACACUACCAAUACUUGAGAACUUUUUUUAGGAUGACUUUACUUGGUGAUUAUCCUGAGGUCAAAGUGUUGCUAAUGUGGAAAAUAAAAGUUUUAUUCCAAUUUCUAGCCCAUGGCAGAAACUUAAAGGUUCUUCCUCUUCAUAACUGGUGAGUCUUGAAACUCUGCCUUCCUCAAGCACUCUGCUGUAUGAAAUCUGAUGCAAUUCAACUGAAUUUUGGGGCCAUAAUCCUUUUGAAACAGGAUGACACUGUAUAAUGCAGUAAGGUUUUGCAAUAGAUUAGGGAAUUGAGCUUUUUAUGCACUAUAAAUAUCAAGUCCUAGCAGAGUCUAAGUCAAAAAAAUAACUUUUUUUUGUUUGUGUCAAUUUGAAGAAACUGAUCAAGAUGCAGGAGCUAGAGACACAAGGCGUGUGGAGCAUCCAAUUCAAGUAUUGUGAAAGGUAGUGAGUGGCAUCUGAGGCUAGGCACAAUGAGACAGAGUGUCCCUGCUGAGUCAGGAGCAGGAUUGUCAUAUUGCUCUGUCUCAUACAGAAGGCUUUAACCCAUCAGGAGCUCUGCCACCCGCAGCAGAGCAGGCAGCACGAUAAGCUAUUAGCCAUGUUUCAGGACUAGGCUGCAACAACAGUGCCUGCUUAUGCGUGGUGAGCAAGGGUCCAGCUUUGGUAUUGUGGCCCAAGGCUUUGUCACAGUGAACGUGGAUGUGGCUAGGUCCAUAUGCAAGAAUUUAGAGCUCACAGCAGUAGCACCUCACCUGCUUUUUUAGAGUCACCGUUUUGGGUCUUACCUGCUAGGUCGGUUGGUCCUAUGUGUGGAUGACCCAAGCUUUGUGAUGAGAGAACAGUACUCCAUCUGGCUUCCUAAAGCAAAUCUGUUCUUGGGAAAUUGAAACCAGUGCAGGCUUAAAGGAAUAAUUUACUUAAAUUUUCAUUAAUCCAGAGUUGCUUGGUGGUUUUAUAUCUAACAGAAGGGGUUUUUCUUUUAGCCUUUGAGGAACUUGAAACUGAGAUUAAAAUGGCUGUUUAGUCUAAAAGGGAACAAAAACUAUAACUGAGUUCUGGGCCUUGAUAAAAGUUUUGUUAUUUAAAAAAAACAUACUUCAGGCAUGAUUCGGCAGGCAGAACUCUUGGUCAAAGACAGGCUGUUACAAAACUUUAUCUUAAAUGGAUGGUUUUAGUCUGGCCAUGACAAAUCCUAAACUCUUGACUGAUGGCUGAUGGGUAUGUAGUCAUAUGUAUAUUAAUGCUGUACACCCACAUGCAUAGGCAGCUUUCCAAGUGUGUGAUAACAGGAAAAUGUAAAUAAAGUGGUUGGCUAGUUGUCCUAAUGUUCUUGAGUAGAUCCUUGUGAAAAUAAUGCCAGUCAGACUUACAAAUAGGUCUGUUUGGAAGAUGACUUGUGUUUGGCUAUGACGUGAUACAGGUCGCUGUGUGGGAAAUUGUGGCCAUUUUGUGUUUUAUUUUGUGUUGAGUCAACAACCUGAAAUGCAAACCAAGAGCUCGAAUAAUCCCUGCUGUCCCUGGUAGUUGCAGGACGUCUCCAGGCUACCCUGUUCUGAGAGGGGUGUCUGCAGGCCCCUGCCACCUGAUCACUGUGAGUGCCUGGAGAUCUGCAUGCCUGGGAGGGGAACCCUGUAGUUGUUCACUCUCUCACCACCACCACUGCACCAAACUGGUGUUUUCUGGUGUUGUUACAAGAUGGAAACUCAUUUGCUCCAUUGGUCCUGCUUUGUGCAUAGGUGAUGCCUCGUCCAUCACACAUGCCUUUAGAAAUACUGCUGCAUGUGAUGUUAAGAGUUUGCCUUAGGACAAGUUCUUGUUCUGCUCAGGACACCAGGGCAGUUGGGGGGCUGGAUUGCACCUCCUUCUGAAAGCCUUGCAUUAUGCUUGAUGGAAGUCACAAUGAGAGCCAGGAUGCUGAAAUCACUGAUGUACUUGCACAAGCUCAGACUUACCAUUUCCAUUUAUUUUUUGAGAUCUUGGCAUGUUGGUGGGAGGGCUAGAAGGUGAUUUAGAAGGUAAGGACCCUUCUUCUGCAGGGUCAGUAUGAUGUAGUGCUGUGUCCUGAACUUGCCUUGCUGGUUAUUCAUGCUUGCACAGAAAUCUCCUGGGGACCUGGCUGGGGCAUGCUGAAGGAUGUGAAAAUUGCUUACAGCAGCAACAACAAAACCUGAUUGUUUUGUUUUCCUCCAGUUAGAAGGCACUAUGCUUUUAUUUCUGUAGCAGCUGGGGAGCAGCUAUUGUGCUACCCUUAAGUGAUGUGAAACUUGCUAAAACGAGUUCAAAUGGAGACACCUGGGAUAAGGGGAAGCUGCUGCCAAAUAAAAAAGCUGCCUCUGCACUGAUUUUCUGAUGUCGCCAUCCAAGCAGAUGUUGGCUGUAAAAGUCAGACAGUGACAUGGUACAUGGGUGAAGGUGGCUGCCAAAAACUUUAUUGCAAGUGUGUGUGGAAGCCUGGAGUAAUCAUGGAAGAGUCCUAAGUGCUGGAGCAGGAGUGGUAUUGUCUGUAAAUGGGAUUGGGUGAAGUGUCUCCUUUCUGUAUUUUUAUUUUACUUGAAGUCUACACUUAGCUUCAUUAUCUAUUUUAAGACAGAUUUGACUGGAAAGGAAAGCUUCCUUGUCCAUUUCACUGGAAAGGUAGGUUUCAAGAGCUGUUACAUUUAGUGCCUUACUUUUGAGAUAGCAUCAUCCUCAAACCAGUGGGAAGGAGUAUGGCUAAGUAUAUAGGAAUGCUGUAAUUGUAAAGGGAUUUAGCAGGACAUAAUGUUAAGCCUUCUCAAAGAUUGCAGUGCAUUAAAAUGUUAAAUUUGAUUAUACUUUAAUCAGGCUGUUAUCCCACUUUUUUUAUCUUUUUCCGGAAGCCUGAGGGAGUUUGGUUUUUUGCUUUGAAUGUUACAGCCACAAAUGCUUAUCAUUGCCUAACAAAUAAUCACUUUUAGAUUGUGAGCCUUCAGGGGCAAGGGUUGUCUGCCCACUCCCUGCUGGAGGGCCCUCAGUGCAGAGGUUACAAUUCCAGCUGGAGCAUUUGAGUCAAAUCAUAAUACAAAUUUAGCAAUAGUAAAUAUUUAAAUUGGAGGUUGUAUGGAUCUAUUGUGUUGGUGAAUGGCAUCAAGCAAUACAAUAGAAGCUUACUGAACAUUUUUGCAGAGCUGGAAGCUUGCUUGUUAGGGCAGGAAUGCUGCAAUCACUGGUAGGACAGCAAGUCUUGGAACAUUCUUUCUGUUCUUAAGGCAAUGUUUUGAAUGGUGUUUUGAGAAAAUAAAGCAUAAAAAGGAAGGAGGUGAUCUGAACUCAUCAGCAAAAUUUCAGAAGAGCCCCCAAAAAUGUGUUUCAGCUUAAUUUCUUUUUAUGUCAAAGUACUGAAGUACACACCCUGAACCAAACAAUUAUGGGACUAGAUGGACUAAGCAAAUAGCUUAUCUCUUACAGAAAGCAGCUUAAGUUUAGAAGAGGAAAAAGAAUUAUAGUAAACUUAAAUAAAUCCCUUUGAGGAUAAAUGCUGCUUCAGCUGCAGGCAUUUUUCCUGGCAUGAAACCACUGGAGGUUCAGCUAUUGGAAGCUUGGCAGGAAUGUGGUAACAUUAAUAACUCAUCCUUCAUCUGCUGAUCAGAGUUUUAUGUGAGAAGUCAUCGUUGUUACCCAUCUGGCAGGAUGUCUGAGGUGUAGAAGAUCUCUGUGCUUGAUAAAGAGCAGGAAUGUUUACCCUUGCAGAAGUUGCAUCGCUCAGUGACAUCCAGCCAACUUACCGUAUCUUGAAACCAUGGUGGGAUGUGUUUAUGGAUUAUCUCGCUGUUGUUAUGUUAAUGGUUGCCAUUUUUGCUGGAACCAUGCAGCUGACAAAAGACCAGGUAGUCUGCUUGCCAGUUUUGCAGUCUACUGUAAAUUCAAGAGUGCAGCCUGAUACAGCAGGGAAGGCUGACUUCACCACUGUUGAAACAACCACUGGUCAAGAAGAAGCGUCAAUGAGAACUGUUUCCUUUGCCCCUACUGUAACACCUGACAUUUUUCUGAGCAGAGCUACCUCUUCUCAGUAUCAACCCACUGAAUCAGACCAGGAGCUGAAGAAGGAGCAGAAAGAUUCCUCAGGCCGUAAAACAAAUUUGGAUUUUCAGCAGUAUGUAUUUAUUAACCAGAUGUGCUAUCAUUUGGCUCUUCCUUGGUACUCAAAGUAUUUUCCCUAUCUUGUUCUCAUCCAUACUAUCAUUUUAAUAGUCAGUAGCAAUUUUUGGUUCAAGUAUCCCAAGACUUGCUCAAAAAUUGAGCAUUUUGUGUCUAUACUGGGGAAGUGCUUUGAGUCUCCUUGGACUACAAAAGCGCUGUCUGAAACGGCAUGUGAGGACUCUGAGGAGAACAAACAGAGGUUAACUGGUGCCCAGUCCUUGCCCAAGUAUGUUUCCACUAGCAGUGAUGAAGGAAGCCCAAGUGCUAGCACUCCCAUGAUAACCAAAUCUGGCUUCAAAUUUUCAGCUGACAAGCCAAUGAUCGAGAUUCCCAGUGUCACGAUUUUAGAUAAGAAAGAUGGAGAGCAAGCCAAGGCGCUGUUUGAGAAAGUGCGUAAGUUCCGGGCUCACGUGGAAGACAGCGAUCUGAUUUACAAGCUCUAUGUUGGCCAGACUGUCAUCAAGACUGUCAAGUUCAUAUUUAUUCUCUGCUAUACUGCAAACUUUGUCAACACCAUCAGUUUUGAACACAUCUGCAACCCGAAAGUGGAACACCUGAUCGGCUACACACAGUUUGAAUGUACACACAAUAUGGCUUAUAUGUUGAAGAAGCUGCUUAUCAGCUAUAUUUCCCUCAUCUGUGUCUAUGGUUUUAUCUGCCUCUACACGCUGUUCUGGCUGUUCCGGAUACCUUUAAAAGAAUACUCUUUUGAAAAGGUCAGAGAAGAGAGCAGCUUCAGCGAUAUCCCAGAUGUCAAAAAUGAUUUUGCCUUUCUCUUGCACAUGGUAGAUCAGUAUGACCAGCUGUAUUCGAAGCGAUUUGGUGUCUUUUUGUCAGAGGUAAGCGAGAACAAACUGCGUGGGAUCAGUUUAAACCAUGAAUGGACUUACGAAAAGCUUCGGCAACACGUCUCCCGCAACGCCCAGGACAAGCAGGAGCUGCAUCUCUUCAUGCUGUCGGGAGUCCCUGAUGCAGUGUUUGAUCUGACAGAUCUGGAUGUGUUGAAACUGGAGCUGAUUCCUGAAGCGAAAAUUACAGCCAAAAUUUCCCAGAUGACAAAUCUUCAGGAGCUUCAUCUGUACCACUGCCCUGCGAAGGUCGAGCAGACUGCCUUCAGCUUCCUCCGGGACCAUUUGAGAUGCCUUCAUGUGAAAUUCACAGAUGUUGCAGAAAUUCCUGCAUGGGUGUAUUUGCUCAAAACCCUCCGUGAAUUGUAUUUGAUAGGCAAUUUGAACUCUGAAAAUAAUAAAAUGAUAGGGCUUGAAUCUCUUAGAGAGUUGAGACAUCUUAAAAUUCUCCACGUGAAGAGCAAUUUGACCAAAAUUCCCCCCAAUAUCACAGAUGUAGCACCACAUCUGACAAAACUAGUCAUUCAUAAUGAUGGCACUAAGCUUGUGGUACUCAAUAGCCUUAAGAAAAUGACAAAUGUUGCAGAGUUGGAACUGCAGAACUGUGAACUGGAGAGAAUUCCUCAUGCCAUCUUCAGUCUCUCUAACUUACAGGAACUGGAUUUAAAGUCAAAUAGCAUACGCACAAUUGAAGAAAUUAUCAGUUUCCAACAUUUAAAAAGAUUGACUUGUUUAAAGCUGUGGCACAAUAAAAUAGUCAGCAUUCCUUCAUCCAUUACUCACAUAAAGAAUUUGGAGUCUCUUUACCUCUCCAAUAACAAACUUGAAACCUUACCUGCCGCAGUGUUCAGUUUACAGAAACUUCGGUGUUUGGAUGUAAGCUACAACUCAAUUGCGGUGAUUCCAGUGGAAAUAGGUUUGCUUCAAAAUCUUCAGCAUUUUCACAUCACAGGAAACAAAGUCGACGUUUUGCCAAAACAGUUGUUUAAAUGUGUUAAAUUGAGGACUUUGAGUCUGGGACAAAACUGUAUUACCUCAAUCCCAGAUAAAGUAAGUCAGCUGUUGCAGCUGACUUACCUGGAACUGAAGGGAAACUGCUUGGACCGUCUGCCAGCUACGCUGGGGCAGUGUCAGCUUCUCAGGAAAAGUGGGCUCGUAGUGGAAGAUCACCUCUUUGACACUUUACCCUCAGAAGUUAAAGAGGUGUUGAAUCAAGACACGGGCAUUCCCUUUGCUAAUGGGAUUUAGACUGAGGUGAAAUGCCCUGGUAGCUGACUUCCAAAUGGCAAAUGAUAAAAAGUAUGGCAACUGUGAGAUCUUGUGUUUUAGAAAGAGGAAUUCCUUGGAAGGCAGAAUUACUAGCAGGUUUAGAAGUGCAACUGAGUGUUCAAUGUUUGCAGUGUUUUAAAAGUUCGUUUCCAAAAUUUUUGAGAGGAUAAAGAACCUUAAUAAUCUCAAUUCUUUUUUCCUUAAAUUGUUUGUAACUUGGAUGCUGCCGCUUUUGAAUGUUUACAAAUUUGCUUGCCUGCUUAAAGUAAAUGAUUAAAUUGAUGACCUUUUCUUACUAUGCAAGUUAUUCCUUAAGGUCUGGUUUUACUUUAGUGCAUUACAGGGAGACAAACCGGGGCUAAGUGUUGUAUGUGGUAUGGGCCUAACAGCACUUGAAACACAGGUUGAAUUGUGUUGUUAGUGUUUACCUGUCCUUGGCAAAUAAAACCAGUUUGGCUGUGAUUUGAACUGCACCAGAACCACCAUUUUCCUGCAUUAAGGUAUGUGGUUUCAUAGAAUCAUUUAGGUUGGCAAAGACCUGUAAGAUCAUCGAGUCCAACCAUUACCCUAACACUGCCAGGUCCUCCAUGUCCCUAAUCACCAUGUCUGUGCUUUUGUUGAAUGCCUCUGGGGAUGGUGAUUCCAUCACUUCCCUGGGCAGCCUAUUCCAAUGUUUGACCACUCUUUCAGUGAAAAAAUUUUUCCUAAUGAUCUAUCUUAGCACAACUUGUGUCUUUUUGUGCUAUUGCUUGUUACCUGGGAGAAAAGACUGAUCUCCACCUCACUACACCCUUUUUUCAUGUAGUUGUAGGGAGCAAUAAGGGUCCCUCCUCAUUUUCUCCAGGCUCAACACCCCCAGCUCCCUCAGCCAGUCCUAACAGGACUUGUAUUCCAGACCCUUCACCAGCUCCACUGCCCUUCUCUGGACACUCUGCAGUACUUCAGUGUUUUGUAUCAGACCAAGUGUGUUUGCCUUCAUUCUCCUCAAGGCCUCGUGUUUUUGGGUGAGGUUCCUUCUGUGCUCUGGUGCACUAGUCCUUCACCCUGGCAAAGGCCGAUCAUCUUCCAGCAGCUGGUCUCCCCCUCAGCCUCCACAGUGCUCCUCUGUCCCGUGCAGCAGUGGGUGGCAAAAGGGAGAAUAUUGCCACAUGGCUUUCAAGUUGGAGAUAGUUUUGAUGUUGUGCUCUUUUGGAAGGUGACUUUGAAAGCCAUUAAACACCAAGUGACUUUACUGCUCAUGUUUUGCUCUUCUGAGUUUUUAUCUGGAAAACUCAAGGCGUUUAAUGAGUUGGUGAUUGUUCUGUUUCACCGCCCUUGCUUAGGAUGUGGGGCGUCAUCUCCAUUUACUAGACUAAUAACAGACAUAAGAUCUGCUUUUUCACUCAGCCAUGAUUAAGCUUUAUCAUCUAUUGUGGUGUCUUCCGCACCUGGACUUUACCAUACCCCAGCUCUACUAAUCUGAUGUCUUUGAAGGCUUACUCACUGUUAGAAAUCCUAACUGUGUGCCAGAUAAGUCAUCCAGUAAAGAAAAAAGCAGACAGCAGUGAGCUUGGGUUUGGUUUUUGUUGGUUUUGUUCGGGUUUUUUUGGCCUUUUUGGUGGUGUUUUUUUUAACUGAGUUUGCAUUGCCAGAACCAUUAGAGAAAUAUAAUCCAUUAAAUCUGUAAAAUCAUCAGUUGUAAAUCUCAGUCAUUUACAUUCCAUGUGUGCAGAAAAGAAGUACUAUGCUGGGAGAUGAUUGCAUGAUUACUCAUGGUUUAAACACAAUUCCCUAUUGUAGUGUGGUCAGGACGGAACUAGUCUGUAGUUCAAGGGACUGUUCUUCUCACACAGAAAUCCUCAUGCACAGUGAUUUCGACUGUAACUUCACCAGAGCUGCCCUGACUUACACCACUAUUAACAAGCGGAUAGUUUAGGCCUAGAGGCAUUGAGCAGGCAGGAACAUUUCAAAUACUGCUCUUAGAAGUCUUGCAUAUUUUAUUGUUAAUAAUUUACUGUUAGUCAUGCUGGGAGGACUGUUCUCAGCUGUAGGUAGCAGUCUCUGAAUACAUACCUGCACCACAUGUUUAUGUAUCUCAGAAGACCAGUUUAUGAAUAGUGGUUUUCUUAUUUCUCAUGGGGAUACAGUCCGUUUUCCAAUUGCCAGCAGGUAGUAAACUUGGGAUGUUGACAGUUUUGCAACACCAAGUCACAGGUUAGGCAGAGUACUUGGAGUUACUGAUCUGUUCUCCACUGGGAAACUUAGUGCAAAUCCUCAGAUUCUUUUUUUUAAGUAGAAGUUAAGGCUGCAGCGGACUCUUCUUUUUUUAAGAAACUCUUUCAUUUGUUUAUUUUUUGCACAUAGAUCACUUUAAAAUUGCUGGACUAUUGACUCUUUAGAAAAACUGUGGACUAUACUAUUGGUGUAUGCUUUGUAUUUGCUGUUGAGUGUCAUUUCAGUUUCCAAGAAAUUGUGUGUAGGAGGGAGGAAGAGUUGGAGGAUGACAAAAUUAUUAAAAUAUUUAGAAAAAUAGUUUUAUUUUUAAUCCUCUUUUUCCUUUUUUAAUAGCAGAGUCGCACAGAACGUGGCUGUGUAUUGAUCUAGUUUUUAAAAGGUGUUUUUCGUGUUUCUGAUUCUCCUGCUGGCCCUACUGAUGUUCAAAAAAUAAACCCAUGUCUAAUUCGUAUGACUAUGGUAUACUCAAAAAUUAAACCUAUGUCCACUUAAUGAGUAUGGUAUACAUAACUUAGACCACUGUUUUGACUAGUUAGUAGCCAACUGUACGUCUUUAGCCAAUUUCCUCCAAAAUAAGUGUAUGUUAAAAUUAACAUACUUCUAAUGCUUGCUUAGCAUAAACUCCAUUCUUGUUUUUAAGAGAUCUUUCUCCGAGUGGGGAGGACCUUCCCAGCAUCCCCAUGUCACCUCCCCCCAGUCCUUCCUUCUCUUUGUGACUGUUUAUAAUGUUCCUGUUUCCUGUGUGUCAACUGGCACAGUUUUGCUUUAAAGUCUUGGAAGUUCAUCUCUUUUCCAUGUAAGGCAUGUGAAAUAUAUUUUGCAUUUCUAUUUGAUUUAAUAAAUAAGAUGUUUAUAUCUUCCUCUAAUCUAUUUUUUAAUGGGUGAAAAGUGUGUUUGCAUUGCAAAAGCUCUGAUUUCAAGUACCUCAUGCUGAACUUGUUCUGUGGUGCCUGUACUCUAAGAAGUAUGAAGAGGUAUGAGUUGCUGCUCCCAGUAAAUAUGGAGGUGUGUUUCUAUCUAGAAUACAAUACUUCAGAUUUUUUUUUCACGUACACAAUCUAAAUGACCUACCAAAAUGUUUUUAUGUGGCUAAUCAGAUUCUGCAGAACACAUGUAUUGCCCUGGAAGAAAAACCUGUGUUUAUUCACAUUAGAGGAAGUAGGAAAUUGCCCAUUCUGUUUGCUUCUGCCACUGUAACUCAUUUUGGUGAAGAUCCUUUAGUUUUCCAAUAAAUUGACCUUUGGGGAAUUGCUUCCACUGAUGCAAACUGAACGAUGGCAUUUCUGGGCAGGCAUCAAGCCUCUUGGUGUAAGGGAAGAUGCUGACAUUUGUGAAAGGCUCUCUGCUGCUACAUAAAUGGCUUUGCAGUCCUGAGCUGCCCUCUCUGGUAGCAAAGCAGGAUGCCCAGCCACUGUACAUCAUGUCUGAGUAUGGGAGUUCUGCUUUGUGGACUGCAUUUUUAAUAAAAAUCAUACAGAAA